GGAGAUGUGGUAUGUGCCAAUAUGAAAGGUUACCCAAAUGGUUGGCCCGGUAUUGUCACCAGGCUUUCUGGUGACAACAUCACUGUCUACUUUAAAAGUGAUAAUGAUGAAAAAAGUAAAACCGAAGUUUCAAAAUGCAUUUCUAAGUGACUAUGAGUGGGCAAAAGGGAUAUUCAUUGGGAAGUCCAAACCAGACACUCAGACACAGACAGAUAAGGACACAACGUCUCAGAUGGGAUCCUCAGCUAUGGUCAUAUGUGUUAGUGGAAUGAAUCAUAAUGAAGAGAAAAAUAUCAAAGUUUUGCUGCAAAAGAAAAAUACAGUACAGCCAUAGCUUUAGCCAAGACAUCACACAUGUUGUAAUGAAGACUGAUCCUGUCGGAAGCCGUAUGUGUGACCGUUCCCUGAAGUUUUUCAAAGGUAUAUGUAAAAAUUGCUGGGUCCUUGAUUACCAGUGGAUAUUGGACAGUGUGUCUUCCGGUCAUCUUUUACCAGAGGAGGACUUUGAAGUGAUAGGAGAUAUGGUCACUAAUAAAAUACACUAUGGGCCCAGAAAGUCACGUUUGACAGAAUCACCACUUUUGAAAGGCUAUGAAGUAUUCUGCUUUGGAAAAGCAAAUUAUAUAUCAAAAGGUGAUCUUGAGGAUCUAGUGACUUGGUGUGGCGGUUCUUUGCUAGAUCCUGCAAAACAGUUAACAUCUGACAGUCGGAAACUUGCUGUGGCAUGUGUGGAUGAGUUAUUUAACUAUGAUCAGACACAAGUGACCUCUAUCAAAAAGGGAUUAAAAACAGUGUCUCAUGACUGGUUGUUGGACUUAAUCACGGUCUAUAAAGUGCAAAAUUUAGAUGAAUACCUCAUUACUGAUAAGAAGGUGCAGAAUGGCGAAACAGAUGAGAUGGAUGUUGGGGUUUAUGAAGACAACAGUAAUGUGAAUCCUGAUUACCAGCCUAUAUCAGAUGAAUACCUCAUUACUGAUAAGAAGGGGCAGAAUGGCGAAACAGAUGAGAUGGAUGUUGGGGUUUAUGAAGACAACAGUGAUGUGAAUCCUGAUUACCAGCCUAUAUCAGAUGAAUACCUCAUUACUGAUAAGAAGGGGCAGAAUGGCGAAACAGAUGAGAUGGAUGUUGGGGUUUAUGAAGACAACAGUAAUGUGAAUCCUGAUUACCAACCUAUAUCAGAUGAAUACCUCAUUACUGAUAAGAAGGGGCAGAAUGGCGAAACAGAUGAGAUGGUUGUUGGGGUUUAUGAAGACAACAGUGAUGUGAAUCCUGAUUACCAGCCUAUAUCAGAUGAAUACCUCAUUACUGAUAAGAAGGGGCAGAAUGGCGAAACAGAUGAGAUGGAUUUUGGGGUUUAUGAAGACAACAGUGAUGUGGAUCCUCAUUACAAGCCUAUAUCAGAUGAAUACCUCAUUACUGAUAAGAAGGGGCAGAAUGGUGAAACAGAUGAGAUGGAUGUUGGGGUUUAUGAAGACAACAGUGAUGUGGAUCCUGAUUACCAGCCUAUAUCAGAUGUGGAGGACCAGAGCACUGAUGCUGAGGAAGUCUACUUAGAGAGGGAAGCACAGGUCAUUACUGGAUUGAAAGGCAAGAAAAGAAAAAGGAGAGACAAAAGUAACAAUCAUUCAGAUUUUGAAGGCCAGGAUGAAAAAAGGAAUAGAGAUGGGAAAAGGAAUAGCAUGGUUGACAUAGUUUCAGAUAGUGAUUCUGAUGCAAAUUCAGAAGUGUUUCCAAUUCUGAAUGGCAUUCAAGAAAAAAAGAAGCAGAAAUCGGAUAUAAAUGUCCAAAUGGCUCACAAUAAUGGCAAAAAAAGAAAGUGGCACUACUGUAUGUAUUGUGGCAAAGGUAGUACAAACAUCAGAAAACAUUAUUUCUCAAAAAAAGCAUAUAUCUGAAAGCCAGGUCCAGCGAGUUAUGAGCUUUCCAUUACACUCCAAGGAAAGAACCCUGGCAUUAGAGGAGCUUAGAAAUGCUGGAGACUAUAAACAUAAUUAUGAAGUGAUAAAAAGUGGGGAAGGAGUACUUGUACCUUGGAGAAAUGUGACUGAGGAAACAGCAGCAUCCGAAAUGUUACCUUGCGAGUAUUGUUUAGCAUUCUUUAUGAAGACCGAGCUCUGGAG